AGAUUGUUUCCACAGUCACUUAGAGUUGCAACAGAAGAAACUCCUUUUUUUUCUUGCAUUGUUUCGUUGCAGAUUGCAGGAAAUAUGGGCAUCAACCACCUCCUUCGCUCCACUCUCAGAGUCCGGCUUGGUUCGUAUGUAAAACAUGUUUCUGCUUCCACAAGUUUGCAGGAGCGUCUAUUUCCAGUUCCGGUGCUGGCCAGAUUAAGUAGUACAGGGGCAUCUUUGCAAAAGGAAGAGUCAACAGCUGAUUUGAAACAUAAUCAAGGGUUUAAGGGGCAUGAUAUGCUUGCACCAUUCACAGCUGGGUGGCAGUCUGCUGAUUUGCAUCCUUUGGUUAUAGAAAAGUCUGAGGGUUGCUAUGUAUAUGAUAUCAAUGGGAAAAAAUAUCUUGAUGCUCUUGCUGGUCUAUGGUGCACAGCUUUAGGGGGAAAUGAACCUCGACUUGUUGCUGCUGCAACUGAACAGUUGAAUAAGUUGCCGUUCUAUCACUCCUUUUGGAACCGUACUACAAAACCUUCUCUGGAUCUGGCAAAGGAACUUUUAGAAAGUUUUACAGCGAGGAAAAUGGCAAAAGCCUUUUUUGUAAAUAGUGGAUCAGAAGCCAAUGAUACUCAGGUGAAGCUCGUUUGGUAUUAUAAUAAUGCACUUGGAAGACCAAAUAAAAAGAAAUUUAUAGCUCGAGCAAAAUCGUAUCAUGGUUCAACUUUGAUAGCUGCUAGUCUUUCUGGCCUUCCAGCUUUGCAUCAAAAAUUUGAUUUGCCAGCUCCAUUUGUAUUGCAUACUGACUGCCCUCAUUACUGGCGCUUUCAUCUUCCAGGUGAAACGGAAGAGGAAUUCUCAACCAGAUUAGCAACUAAUUUGGAGAAUCUUAUCCAGAAAGAAGGACCAGAGACAAUUGCUGCAUUCAUUGCUGAACCUGUCAUGGGGGCAGGAGGUGUGAUACCUCCCCCUGCAACUUAUUUUGAAAAGAUUCAAGCUGUUGUGAAUAAAUAUGACAUUCUUUUUAUUGCGGAUGAGGUAAUUUGUGCAUUUGGAAGGCUAGGCACAAUGUAUGGGUGUGACAAGUACAACAUAAAACCAGACCUUGUAUCUGUAGCAAAGGCCCUUUCUUCGGCCUAUAUGCCCAUUGGAGCUGUACUUGUGAGCGCUGAAGUAUCAGAAGUCAUAUCUUCUCAAAGCAACGAACUUGGUGUUUUUUCUCAUGGAUUUACAUAUUCUGGACACCCUGUAUCCUGUGCAGUUGCAAUUGAAGCACUGAAGAUCUACAAGGAAAGAAAUAUUGUUGAGAAAGUAAACAGCAUUUCCCCAAAGUUUCAAGAUGGUGUAAAAGCAUUUUCAGAUAGUCCCAUAAUUGGGGAGAUACGGGGAACCGGAUUGAUACUUGGUACAGAGUUUACGGAUAACAAGUCACCUAAUGAUCCAUUUCCUGCUGGAUGGGGGGUAGGAGCUUAUUUUGGAGCACAGUGUGAGAAACAUGGAAUGUUAGUACGUGUUUCUGGAGAUAAUAUAAUGAUGUCUCCUCCAUUUAUCAUCUCCCCCAAAGAAGUUGAUGAGUUAAUAAGCAUUUACGGGAAAGCUUUGAAGGCUACUGAAGAGAGGGUGAAGGAGCUCAAGUCUCAGCAGAAAUAGUUUGUGGAUGAUAAUGGCGAAAGAUCUUCUAGUUUCAUGCUGCUGGGAAGAUCAUGUCAUAGCAUGUGGCGCAGAUGGUGAUCAUAACAUGUAGAGAGAGAGUAUCUCCAAUACAAGAAGGUACCCUAGAGAAUAAGGGUAUGUUUGGUAUGCAAAAUGGUUAUUCUAUUAGGAAAAAUGAGUAGCCUGUAUUAAGAAUGGAAGAAGGUUGAAUAAAAUACUCUUGUGUUAAAGUAUA